GCCCAGCCCAGCAGCUCCCCCGGGUGUGGCAAGGGGCCCGCGCCAGUCCUGCCCAGAGCCCUGGUCCUGUUCCUGCAGGGUCUGCAGCCUGCCCAGAGCAGCCAGAAGAAUGUCUCAUCCUUAAGGCUCGGCAGGCUGCCUGGCGACAGGGCUGGUGGGGCCUGGAGAAGCCGCCCUAAGGUUGCUUGGAGUCUGGGAAAGGCCAUCGGGAGCAGGCUUGGGCAGGAAACCGAGCCCCCGGGGAGCUGGGAGCUGCGGUUCCGAGCCAGUCACGUCCUGCGCGAGAGGGGCGGGUAGCCUGGACUAGCGGGUAUUUGGGGAAGCGUCCCAGUUCUAGGCGCUUCCAGUGGCUCCCUUGCACAAGUGACUUGUGGACUUAGUUCUGGGGCAAAGAUGCCUGCUCUUCACAUCGAGGAUCUGCCGGAAAAAGAGAAGCUGAAGAUGGAGGUUGAGCAACUUCGCAAAGAAGUGAAGUUGCAGAGACAACAGGUGUCUAAAUGUUCUGAGGAAAUAAAGAACUACAUUGAAGAACGUUCUGGAGAGGAUCCCCUGGUAAAGGGAAUCCCAGAAGACAAGAAUCCCUUCAAAGAAAAGGGCAGCUGUGUCAUUUCCUAGGUGACUCUGGAGGAGGAAACUCUGCUCUCAGUUGGGGCAGGUUCUUCUUUGUUUAAUUUUCCCCCAAAUGAAGCCAAAGUGUGUGUUGAAGAACCAAGAAAAAAUGAAAUGGAGAAAAGGACUGUCAUGUAAGCACUCUCCAAGCAGUUCAUGUAGGAAACAUACCUUCUUCUCACCUUGGUUCCCCACACACCAUCUCUCAGAGGAGAGCAUCUGAUGGCAGUUAUGGGAUGAAGGCAUGGCUCCACCCCCUUUCAGUAUACUGCUUGCUGUCUCCAAUAAAGUUUUAUCUUGGAAAAUUCA